AUGUCACCAAUAACGAAAAAUUCCAUACAAUUACAAACAAAUCUGUGCAUAUCAUCAGGAUGUGAUUUACCAAGUGAAGUUAUAUGUCGUCAUUGUCAUAAACAAUAUUGUCAAUUAUGUUUUAUGUGUCAUAGAAAAUAUUUAAUAGAUGAUAUGCAAUUAAUAUCUGAACAAAUGUCAUUAAAUCGUCAACAAGGUAUUUCGGAAGUUAUUUCAUUUAUUGACAAACAAGCGAAAGAUGCACAUGAACAAGCAAAAAAACUUGUUGAUGAUGCUAUUGAUCGAAUUAUUAAAGCAAGUCAAAAUAUUUAUACGUAUAUUGAAAAUCGUCGAUCAGCUAAACUUAGUCGUUUAGAAGAGUGUUUAAAAAAAUUUGAUAAAGAUGCACAAUUACUUAAUUCAAAAUUAUCUCGUCGAAUAUUUUUACCAGCUGAUAUUAUCUUAGAUUUACGUCGGAAAUAUGCAUAUAAUAUGUUUGAUAAAUCAUCAUCAAUAAUUAAAUCUGAUUGUAAUAUUAUUCAACGUAAAAAUGAACGAUUUUUUGAAAAUUAUCGUUAUUAUAAUGAAUUAAUUAGUUUACGACAAAAAUGGACUUUUCUUCAAGCUGCUUUGACAACAGUUUAUUUUCCAGCAAAAAAAGAUAUUUCGUUAGAUAAAAUUCUUACGUUUCUUGAAUAUCGUCAUGAUCGAGUACUGGAGAAUUAUCGAGAAUAUUUAUCAAUGAAUGAAAAAUCCAAGGAAUUAUCAUUAAAACCAACAGAAGAAUUAUUAAAUGAACUAAGUUUUAUUUCGAAAAAAGAAUUACCAAAAGAAGUUUAUAAUUUUACUUAUAUUAAUGAAGCAUCGAUUGAAAAAACUAAUGAAACAAUAACUAGUAGUGAUUUGAUAAAAAUUGAUAGUGGUCAUUGUGAUGAUGACACAUCUUCAAAUUCAAAUCAUAGUUGGCAAAUUGAAGAUGGUGAUGAUUGUGAAAAAAAAUUCUGUAAACUAGGUGAAUCAAUGAAAACUCUUGAAAAACAAUAUGAAGAAGAUUUUCAAACAUUUACAAUAACUCACCAACAAGAAAAAUCUUAA